AUGAUCCUCGAGUUCACUGUCAUUGCUAUCGCUACGCGGUGGAGCGCCAUUCAGCGCCUCUGGCUCGCCGUAUACCAACGGACAACAGACUUUCAAAUGACAGUGGGCGGCCUUUUCGCGGCACUGGUUCUGGGAUACUUUCUGGGCUGCAUUCCGUACCUGAUACUGGACCUGGUGCGACCAAGUUCCGCACGCGCUGCUAAAGUCCAAAAACAAUGGUAUCCAGAUGCGCGCGCUCUAUCACGCUGCUUCCUAUCGCUCUUCUUUUUAUUCUUUGGCGUUAUGCUCCCGCUGAUUGCGUUCUCGUAUCCGGUGUUUCGAUGGGUGGGCGUGCGCCGGGAGCCGCCCCUGCCCCGUGCUGAUGAAGUGGUGCUGCAUGUGCUGACGUGUUUCGUGAUCGAGGACUUUGGUAACUACUGGAUCCAUCGCUGGUUGCAUACACCCUGGCUUUAUCGACAUAUCCACUACUGGCACCACCAAUGGAAUACGCCGUUCAGCCUCGCAGCUACCGAUGCGCAUCCACUGGAGGUCAUCCUGUUGGGGAUACCUACCAUUGCGGGACCCGUGCUUUUGUCGUCACAUUUGCUCACGACCCUGAUCUGGAUGAUGCUACGGCAGUACGAGGCCAUUGAUAUUCACAGUGGCUACGAGUUUCGCUGGAACCUUAAUGCAUAUUUACCGUUUUACGGUGGCACGGAGCAUCAUGAUUAUCAUCACUACCUGUACAGUGGCAACUAUGCCAGUAUCUUCACGUAUUGCGAUGAGGUAUACGGAACGAACUUGGCGUAUAAGCAACGAAAACAAGUCAAGUCUCGAUGA